AAACACUGGGGCAAGGCGGCACUUUGAAACCUCCGCUACCAGCACUAUUUAGUAGAGUGUAAAAACCAAAAGAGAGAGAGUAGAAGAAAGAGAACCAGAAGGAACAGCUAGCUGGGUUGCUUCUGCUUUGCCUUUCUUUUCACAUAAACAAACAGAGAAUAAAGUGUGUGAAAGAGAGAAGAGAAGGAAUAACAAACAAAAGGGCUUUUUCCUUUGUUGCAGGCAACCCAUAGAGACGGCUCAUUUACUCCAUUUCAUUAAAAUAAAUGGUGGUGAUGAUGGGGUUCUUCAAGAGAGAGAGCCCUGCAAUGUGUGAUGCAUUUUUGUUUCUUCUUUUGUUGGGUUGUUCUAGCCUCCUUUAUAGUGCUGUUGAAGCCUCCGUGUCUUAUGACUCCAAGGCUAUUACCAUUAAUGGCAGGAGGAGAAUCCUCAUUUCUGGAUCCAUUCACUACCCCAGAAGCUCUCCUGAGAUGUGGCCAGAUCUUAUACAGAAAGCGAAAGAUGGAGGCCUGGAUGUGAUUCAAACUUAUGUUUUUUGGAAUGGUCACGAGCCUUCUCCUGGCAAAUAUUAUUUUGGGGGGAAUUAUGAUCUGGUGAAGUUCAUUAAGCUGGUGAAGCAAGCAGGCCUUUAUGUGCAUCUCAGAAUUGGUCCUUAUGUUUGUGCUGAGUGGAACUUUGGUGGAUUUCCUGUUUGGCUCAAAUACAUACCAGGAAUUGAUUUCAGAACAGAUAACGGACCUUUUAAGGCACAAAUGCAAAGGUUUACAACCAAGAUUGUCAAUAUGAUGAAAGCUGAGAAUUUGUUUGAGACUCAAGGCGGUCCGAUAAUCCUAUCCCAGAUAGAAAAUGAAUAUGGACCUAUGGAGUAUGAAAUUGGUGCCCCAGGUCAAGCUUACACCCGAUGGGCAGCUAAGAUGGCUGUGGAUCUUGGGACUGGUGUCCCGUGGGUCAUGUGCAAGCAAGAUGAUGCACCUGAUCCCGUGAUUAACACCUGCAAUGGAUUCUAUUGCGAUUACUUCUCACCAAACAAGGCUUAUAAACCCAAGAUGUGGACUGAAGCCUGGACUGGCUGGUAUACUGAAUUUGGAGGAGCAGUUCCUCACAGGCCAGUUGAGGACUUGGCUUUUUCAGUUGCUAAAUUUAUACAAAAGGGGGGAGCAUUUAUUAACUAUUACAUGUAUCAUGGGGGAACAAAUUUUGGCCGGACUGCUGGUGGUCCUUUCAUUGCUACUAGCUAUGACUAUGAUGCUCCUCUUGAUGAAUAUGGACUAUUGAGGCAGCCCAAAUGGGGUCAUUUGAAAGAUUUGCAUAGAGCAAUAAAACUGUGUGAACCAGCUCUAGUAUCUGCUGAUCCAUUUGUGCUGUCACUUGGAAACUAUCAAGAGGCUCACGUAUUCAAAUCAAAUUCUGGCGCUUGUGCUGCAUUCCUUGCUAACUACCAUCAGGAGUCUGUUGCAAAAGUAUCUUUUGGAAAUCAGCAUUACAAUUUGCCUCCCUGGUCUAUCAGCAUUCUACCCAAUUGCAAGAACACUGUUUAUAACACUGCAAGGGUUGGUGCCCAAAGUUCACAGAUGAAGAUGACUCCUGUACCUAUGCAUGGAGGAUUCUCUUGGCAAGCAUUUAAUGAAGAACCAGCCUCAUAUGAUGACAGUACAUUCACAGUGACUGGGUUGUUGGAGCAGAUUAAUGCAACUAGAGAUCUUUCUGACUAUUUGUGGUACACAACGGAUGUUAAGAUUGAUGCCAAUGAGGGAUUCUUGAGGGGUGGAAAUGAUCCUGUUCUUACUGUCUUAUCAGCUGGCCAUGCUUUGCAUAUUUUUGUCAAUGGUCAAUUCUCAGGAACUGCAUAUGGGAGUCUAGAAUUCCCAAAACUAACAUAUAGUCAAGGUGUGAAAAUGAGAGCUGGAAUCAACAAAAUUGCACUUCUAAGCAUUGCUGUUGGUCUCCCGAAUGUUGGUCCACAUUUUGAGAGAUGGAAUGCUGGCAUUCUUGGUCCUGUUACACUGAACGGUCUCAACGAGGGAAGGAGAGAUUUGUCAUGGCAGAAAUGGUCCUACAAGGUUGGCCUUGAAGGAGAAAGGCUGAGUCUUCACUCUCUCAGCGGUAGUUCUGCAGUUGAGUGGGCACAGGGAUCAUUUGUGACUCGAAAGCAACCGCUGACGUGGUACAAAACUACCUUCAAUGCUCCUGCCGGAAAUUCUCCACUAGCUCUAGAUAUGCGUAGUAUGAGUAAAGGUCAAGUGUGGAUAAAUGGACAGAGUCUUGGACGCUACUGGCCUGCAUAUAAAGCGUCCGGUAAUUGUGGUUAUUGUAGUUAUACUGGAACUUAUAAUGAGAAGAAAUGUGCAAGCAAUUGUGGAGAUGCCUCUCAAAGAUGGUAUCAUGUCCCUCAGUCAUGGCUAAACCCAACAGGGAACUUGUUGGUUGUGUUUGAAGAACAGGGAGGAAAUCCCAAUGGAAUUUCUUUGGUUAGGAGAAAAAUAGACAGCGUAUGUGCUUAUAUGUACGAGUGGCAGCCAACCCUUGUUAACUAUCAGAUGCAAGCCUCUGGCAAAGUAAACAAACCCCUAAGGCCUAAAGCACACUUAAUGUGUGGCCCUGGGCAGAAAAUCUCAUCGAUAAAGUUUGCUAGCUUUGGAACACCACAAGGGGUUUGUGGAAGCUACCGACAAGGAAGCUGUCAUGCUUUCCACUCCUAUGAUGCUUUCCAAAGGCUUUGUGUUGGACAGAACAUGUGCACUGUAACUGUAGCUCCUGAAAUGUUUGGUGGAGACCCAUGCCCCAGUGUCAUGAAGCAGCUGGCCGUGGAAGCUGUUUGCAGCUGAUGAGCUGCUUCAUCUCAACUUAAUGAAAUGGACUAAAGAAGGUUCCAUUUCUUACCCUGCAAUGUAGCAUUUUUGGGUGCAGUAUUCUUUGGUAAACUUACUUUACAAAUCCAAGAUCAGUCCAACCAUUUGAUUUGGCUUCUUCCACGGUGAAGUUGUACAAAUAUACAACACACCACGUGGUUUAAAGCCCCAGUUAAAUUGUGAAAAUGAUUGAGGAUAAGCUUAAUGUAUAUAAACUGGCUUGCUUAUUGCUGCCCUGCGUAUUUUAUUCCAAAAGUAAAAGAGAUGGAAGAAGAUUUGUCCUAGCACAUUGAGAUGAUCCAAUUGAGUCCAUGUGCCAAUCUUUUAGAUUUAGAAUAUGGAAAACCUCUGGUUCCCAAAAAUUAUAAUACAUUUCAUGUUUGUAAUGUUCUUGGAGGCAAUUAAUUCUUUCCAUUGCUAUGUUCUUGUAAGAAAGUACUCUGAAAUGGUAAUAAGAUAUCAAACUUAUCCAA